ACAAAGCUGAAGGAACAACAGGCGAGCAAUACAGCAGCUCUCCUAGCAGCAAAUGAAGAUAAAUUCGAAUUGCGUUAUUUGAAUAUUACCUGCGUUGCACAAGUGACGCUGCUGGAGAAGCAGCUGGUGGCCUUGGAGCUGAACAGCCAGAGGGAGCGAGAAAAAUUAAGCCAGGAAAGUAAGUCUUGGCAAGGCAAAGCCGAAAAUGAAGAGAAAGAGAAGAACGAAUGCCAGCUAGAAAAACUCGAGCUGCAGACGCGGGAACAGAAGCAACAGGAGCUGAAGUCCACCGUGGUCCAAGAGUUCGAUCCUGUCCUUAAGAACAUUAAGGGUUCCGCGGAUCAGUUUUUUGCUACCUAUGAAUUACGUGGCUGUUACCGCAGUGAGAUUGAACCCGCGUUCCGCUCCAUGUUCAGAAAUAUGCAGAGCCAGCUUGAUACGGUGGCGAUACAAUUUGACCAGAAGGCCAACGAGGUGACUCGAGAGAAUGCCUUGUUGCAAAGCCAGAAGGCUGCUUGUAAGCAACACCUGCAGGAUCGGGACCAACAGAUGAGUCGCCACAAGGAGCAGUUUGAGUGGGAGAAGCAGAUCAUCCAAGAAUCCCAAGAAAACCAAAUUCGGAAAAUAAGGGCCGAGUGCAGCAAGAUGAUUGACGAGAACGAAAGCUUGAAGCUGCAGGUCCAGCAGACCAAACAGGCCUGCAUCGGCCUGAGGACUUCAGCUCCGGGCAACACGGCUUUGAGGAACCCGUUAAGUCUGGGCCCACCUAAUCCCUUUGGUUCCUUUCCGAGAAGUGUGGGGAACACAGGAAGUCUCGUGAAUCCUGCAGCAAGCUCUAAUGUCUUCAGCAAUCCAUGGGGGAGGCCAAGUUCACCCGCUCAGCCGAGUUCUGGAUCUCAGCGAAAUCUAAGCCCCGCUGAACAAAGCAAACUCAAGGAGAUCUGGAAGGCUGCUGCACAGAACGGAAAGUCGUCAAACUUAGUACCAGUAAAUCCAGUGGGACAGUCCAAGAGCUAAAGGAAACAUUGACAAAGACAACUAAGAAUUCAAAACAGCUCCUAAGCAUAAGACUGAAGUGUUGCGUGGGGACAGGAAAACAUUCACCUCUGUGGAAAAAGACUUCAAGCAGUAAUUGAAGAGGGAAGGCCUGGAAGAGCUUUGGGGCCAGUGAAGUGGAUCUCAAGUUGGGAUCCUGCCCUCUUCUAUAACAUAACUGACAUUUAAUUCUAGCUCUGUCUUGCACACUGAUGUCUUUUACUGAUCCAACGUUGGCUUCCUUCAGUAUCUUUGGGUUCAUUCAAAUAUCUUACUCCUUCGUCGGGUUGAGGGUCCAUUGCAGUGGUGGGUUGCCAAUUUUUUUACUACCGAUUCAGAUGCGCCCAUGCUUGUGACGCUUCUGCGCAUGGG